AUGGCGGCGCAUUUGGACUAUCAGUCGUGUCGCUACUCCAGCUGGUGCCCGGACCGCUACGACGCAGAUGAAUGGUAUGAAGCCAUGGACCAGCAAUACGCCAUCGACACAUCAUCAUUAACAUCACAAUCAUCAACAACGGCAACAUCAUCAUCCUAUCGCGCCAACGGCGGCGGGGCUCCCGCGUCGACGAUGCAAGCUUCGCGCCAUAGUAACUACUACUACUACAAUCCAGCUUCGACUACCAUCACCACCAGCGGUCGCACGUCGACGAUGAUGCCACUGAAUACGAUGAUGACGGUUUGCGAGGAUCAGCCGCCAAUUGCUUCGGCCGCCGCAGCUGCAUCCGUUCCGCGUGUUUUGAUUCCGGCGGUAGCACCCGUGACGAACGGUGAUACUAGCCCUGCCGCUGAAGCUGGUGAUGUCGACACAAGUGGGAGGGCGAAUGUAGCGCGCAGGAUGAUGAUGAUGAUGCCGGCCGCAGCCGCGGACGAGGAAGCUGCGAAGCUCUCAAGCCCCUUCGACUGGCGAGAGCUGGAGGCGUCAUGCAGGAAGCUGGACGCGGCCAACAUCCGCAUAACGGAGCUCGACAUCACGUGCCUCGGCAGCCCUACCACCAGCGACUCCGCAUUUGACGCCGGCACUGACGGAGCCUUUGGCAGCAGCGGUGACAGCGGUGGCGGCGGCGGCGGCGGCGGCGACGGGCACAGGUCGCAUGUGCAAGUGCGCUACGGAAUCACGUGCGAGCCCGCAGAUACCUCUUCCUUCUCCGUUACUAGACCCGCUAUCAACGGCGGUGGUGGUGCUACCGUUGGUGACGUGGGCAUGAUGGCUCGUCAGACCCACUCAAGUCAGCCCCGGCACCCCACGCAUAUCUAUGGCUUCCCUCCUGUGCAUCAUAAGCUCCCGCCCGCAGCCGUCCACCACAUGCCACUGCCACCCUCGGUGCACAUGCGAAGGGCUCAGGAAGUCAACACUUCCAGUGACAGGCGGCACAUCAUUGCUCACAGUGCUGCAACCAACAGCAGUACUACUAGUGGCAGCGAACGCAGCAGAGGCAACGGGCCUACUAAUGCUUCAGAUGGGCAUGGCUCCUUCUCUCGCCCGCGCUCUGCAUCCACAAUUGCUGCUCUUUCCUCGAUAAUUGGAGGUUCCGGGGGAUUGCUGGAAGGUAGUGGUGGGUCGGGGACAUUCUCUCUCCGACCAUCUAGUGGGUUCGGCAGCACAGGCUCGGGUUUAGAUUCGGACCCAGUCUCAGGAUGGAGGUUCGGGCCAUCCCCUUCUCGAGGUGCUCCAACCAGCGUUAUGGCUCGACCUGAUAAUGAUGAAUCUUCUAUUUUGGCUGUUCUGCCCGAGUCUGAGGGUAGUGACAAGGCUGCAAGCAGUGACAGCAGCGACAGUGUUCCAGUAUCCUGCGGAAGCUCCAGAAACAGCAGCAGCAACGCCACUGACACUAACAUCUCUGCUGAUGCUGUCAAUGAGAUAGGAACCGAGAACAACAUCAACACCAAGACUGCUGGCACCAUGCCCCGUGUCCAUGCAAGCAGCCCGGAUGCAAACAGCAGUGUUUCCAUUAAAAGCAGUACCCAGGGUCUCAGCAACACCACCAAUGGCACGACAUCGGGAAGUGGUGGAAAGUCGUUCUCUCGUGUGAUGAGGGCGCUUGCAGACCGGUGCCAAAGAGCCUUCACAAUCACACCAGGAAGAGGCCGUGCCCUGAGAAUGACUGCGGCAGUACAGCACCGCAGGUGCAAUAGUAGUGAGAGGUUAGACCAGCUUCACAUAGCCAUGACGUAG